UUUCCCUGGGCUAUAAAAGUGCGUGCUGGCACCCGUUCAGCUGAAAGUCGAGAAGGAACGCCCGACCAUGCCGCUGGCCAAGAUGGAUAGCUUCAUGAAGUAUGCCAACUUCUUCUACAAGUGCGUUGGCAUUGAGCCCUAUUCGAGCCACGAGCGCCCCAAAGCAGCAUCAGCUUGGAUUACCUUUGUGUUUUGGGCAAACAUCGUUAAUGUGGUCUUUAUAAUGAUAGCCGAGUUCUCUUUUGUGGUGAAAGCUGUCGUUGACAAGGAAAUUGUGCUGGCCGUCAUGGUCAUGUCCUACAUAGGCUUCAUCGGAGUGGGCCUCAGCAAAAUGUUCUUCGUUUGGCUGAAUAAGGCGACUCUCAGCCACAUCGUUCGGGACCUAGAGGAUUUGUUUCCACGCGACAAGCCAGCGCAGGUUGCCUGUAAAUUGGAUUAUUAUUUGAACUCCUGCUCCCGCAUCAGCUUCAUGUUUUCCAUGCUCUACUCCGUGGCCAUCUGGACGUUUAAUCUGUUUAAUCUCAUACAGUACGUCAUCUACGACUGGUGGCUGCAGACGCGUAUUGUUCCCGAAACGCUGCCCUAUCCCGUCUACGUACCCUGGGACCCGGGGCACGGCUUGAAGUACCUGCUAAUGUUCUUCAAUCAGAACUUUGCUGGCUACACCUCCGCGGCGGGUCAGGUGUCUACGGAUCUGCUGCUCUGCGCCGUUAUCACUCAGAUCAUCAUGCACUUCAACUAUCUCUCGCAAAAGUUUGAGGAUCACCAGCUGACCGGCGAUUGGGCGCAGGACUCGCGCCUCCUCUCCGAAGUCGUGCACUAUCACAAUCGCCUGCUACGCCUCUCUGAUCAGCUGAAUGAGAUAUUCGGUGUCCCUUUGAUAUUGAACUUUCUGAUCUCCUCGUUUGUGCUCUGCUUUGUGAGCUUUGAAUUGACCGUGGGUGUGAGGCCCGACGAGGCGAUUAAACUGCUCUUGUUUCUCGGAUGCUCCCUGAGUCAGGCCUACUUGAUUUGCUAUCAUGGACAACUGAUAGUUGACGCGAGCUCUGGCUUUUCUAUGGCGGCCUAUAAUCAGAACUGGAUCAUGGCGGAUGAGCGCUACCGCAAAGCUCUUGUCUUUAUCAUGAUGCGCUCGCAGGAUCCAACUUAUCUGAAGGCAACUGUGUUUAUACAGAUCACCAGGGGCACCAUGACUGAUCUGCUGCAAUUGUCGUACAAGUUUUUUGCGCUGCUCCGCACGAUGUACGUCAAAUAGAUUUGCUCAUCAAAUAUAUGUAUGUGUAUAGUAAUUGCUCAAAAGCCUCUACACAUUCCGCAUGCUUUUAAAGGAUCAAGUCGCGCUCAUGGUGCCAGGUCUUCAUUAUGCAAACACAUGUUCAUCCUCUUGCAUUAGGUGGAAUCUCGAAAAACAAGCUGGACAAAAAAGAAUAAAAUAAAAUACAUAAAAAAGGGACGAAAAAUGGACUGUCCAUGGCUUAUUGAAUAUUAUAUACACUAUGGGCUGGAAGGGAUUUGAAUGAGUCGAAAUGGUAAAAACCUUAUCUAAACUAUUUUAGCAAUAUUUUAAAUAUCGAUGGAGUGACGAAAGAAGGUAGAAUUGUGCUUCAAAUCAAUCUUAUGCUCAAUAUAUACGUUAAUUCAUCAGAUUAUACGGUAUAGUAUAGUCUCAAAUUUGGCUUUUAUUUCACUUUUAUGAACUCUAACUCAUUACAUAAUAGUAGAUAUGGCAU